AUGCCCCGCCUUAGACUUUCCUCCGGAUCAUCUAAUAAACCCCUGCUUGCCGACCGCCUGCGUCUCUACGAUGAGCACGAGGCCCGCGUCCAACAGGCCCUAGAGCUUGUUCGUUCGGGAUCCUCGGUCGCUUCAGCCGAGCGCAGGGUUGGCACCAGUAGUAAGACCAUUUCAAUGCGUCUCAGCAGCCGUCGCAACAGUAUUCGCUCUGCUCUAGAACUCCAAAGAGCCAACAAAACGCGUGUUACUAAAACUACCAAAUCAUCAACAUCAUCUACCUCUUCUUCUUCAACAAGGAAAAGACGUGCCUCUUCAAUGGAUGACUCGUAUAAAACUUUCUUGUUGACUACAAGUGACCCCACAAAACUCCACUUGACGUUUGACGAGGAACUGUGCAUUGCACACCACAUGCGCUUGAUGAUUGAUCGCAAUGGGCCUUUCCCCUAUCAGCUCAUCUCGGAGAUUUUACGUUACUAUGUACGUCUCCGUGAUGCCUUUCAACAUUUGUUACUUGUCGAAGAAGCUGAAGAAGCUGUUUUAGAUGAUGACGAUGAUGAUGAUGACGACAAUGGUGAUGAUGACUUGCAAAUCAUUUCAUCCUCUUGUGAGCGAUCUCCUCCAUUUGCCACGCCUUCCCCAUCCACGCCCGUCAAACGUGUAAAUAACCAUGUGGCUCUCCCCCCUUCUCCUCAAGCCCCACCUUCCCCCCCAAUCUCAUCUGUCCCAAUGCUUUCCCCAGCUUCUUCUGCAAGGGCUUCCCCUGCACUUCCUCCCUCGCCUUCGCGUCGCUACUCCAUUUUGUUUUCUUCGCAUGAACCCUCUGAUGUGAAAGACUUGCAUGAUUCGGCUAUCCCUGAUGGUUCUACAAGUAAGCCUUCCAUCAUUUCAAUCACACCUUCCUACUUGACCAAUUUUUGCAAGCGCAAUGGAAUCCAGUCACGCACUCUGGCCGCCUUGUGUAAGGAAACAAAUUUCCAUGACCAGUUUUGCAUCUCGAAGGAAACUUUUAUCCGCAGCAAAAUUGGCGUGUACUCGAAGCUGAGGCAGCACCUUGUCAAGUUUGAAUUUGUACAGCAGCAGCAGCACUUGACAGCCCCACCAAACAGUGAGCUUGCACGUCUUUGGGAUGCAGACCCGCAGCUUUAUGACCAAAUGCUUAACAAUAUCAGCACGGGUCGUGUACUAAGACUGUGCUUUUUGGAUCCCGCGUUUUCGCCAGAAACUGGCAGCGGUGGUAACAGCAACAGCAAUAGCAAUAACCUUCUGAAUGACAAGGAUCGGCCACGUGCCCACCAAAACAAACCCAAAACACAUGGCUUUGAGGACGCGGGCGCCUUCAAGCUUUCUGUUCUCUCGAGGAUCCUUGACCAUUUGGACGGACAUCCUGUUCGUGCUAAUGGCAAUUCUGUUCCAAUGAGCAUUUUUUCAACUCCAGAUCUCAUUUCAGUAAUGUUUGAUCAUUUAUCCCAGCAUUUGUAA